AAAUAUUUAUUGAGACACCUUUGAAAAUAUAUAACCAUAAUUUGUGGGGAAGUUAAGCCAAAGGCGAGCCCGGGGGUGAGCCUCGUGUGCUUGUUGUUGUGGUGAAGGAACAAGAGUGGGCUCGCAGGCAGAUGACGGCGUGAUGGAAGAAGAAGGAAUAGUGUCCCCUGUCCAGCAGGACGAAUCUCUUGAUGAGGAUUCUGCUAUAAAAAUGGAGGCUGAAGAAGAGGAUGUAAAGAAUUUUGGUGGAAAUGACGCUGCUGCUGAUGUAGAAUUUGAUGCUCCUGUUUCUGAUGAUGCUCACUCAGAAGAGGAAGAAAAUCAAGAGGCUGAAGGGGAAUCUGCUGAAGUAAACUUACAGGAUGAUGCAAAGAGUGACACCAGUAAUGGUGAUUCUCCAAACAAGGCUAAAAGCAAGGAGAAAAAUAAAGAAAAUGAAAAAGGUAGCCCUGAAAAAUCGGCAGAGAAGGUUGUGGGUAUCACACAUUAUGCUGGAAACCAUGAGGGUUUCUUUGGUAUCAUCAAGCAACGGUAUUCUGACUUUCUUGUGAAUGAAGUAAACAGCGCCGGAGAGAUUGUGCGCAUCACAGAGCAGAUGGUCCCCCAUGAGCCUGAAGAAAUUCCAACGGAGCCAGCUGAGCUGCCACCAGAACUCACACCAGAGAUCAUCAGUCAGCUAAAUAGGAUGGUGGGUAUUAAAGAGCCCAUGAGACUACCUCUUAUUCCUCCACCCAAAAAAGACAGUGAAUCAGAGACUCCAACUGGUGAUCAAAGUGAAAUGGAUUCCGAGGUGAGCCCACAAGAGGUAAGUGAAGAUCACGAAGAAAAAGAUCAGGAAAAACAUGAAGACGACGACGACGAUGAUGAUAAUGAUGACGAGGACGCUGAUGACGAUGACGAUGAUGAGGAUGAGGAUUACAACAAAUUAAUGGAAGAUAAUGUGAAUGAUGUCAAACAGGAAAAAGUUGAAAUGGAACAGAUGGAAAAUGAACCUAUUAAAGAAGAAAGUGACAUUGAAGUUAAAGUGGAAGAAGAGAAAUCAGAUAACACAGCUGAAGAAGGUGCAAUAGAACCAGAGGAGAAAGAAUUUAAGAAACCAAUUAAAGAGAAAAACUUGAACAAGGACUCAUUGGCAGAUGUUAAUCAAAGGAGCAAAUACAAGUCAAGUAAAAAAACAGUAAUAGAUCCAGAUGCUCCAACAGAAGUCUUGAUUGACGUAAACAAUGCAGAUAAAGAGGGGCGAACUGCCAUCCACCGAGCAGUCAAGGCCAAGUUUCGUGUGGUUGAUAGCAUCUAUAAAGAGAUGAAUGAUGGUAGACGGUACAUUCUUGUUAGACAAAAAAAAGUUGGUAGUGUACGGCGGGAGAGGACUACAUGGCCCAAGUCUCAGAUGUAUACCACUUUUGUCCUGUACAAGGAAAAUGUUGAUACUAUGGAAGCUAUCAAUCACAUUGCAUGGAAAACCAGGAUAAAACCUAACAAUUUUUGUUAUGCUGGAACCAAAGAUAAACGUGCCAAGACAAGUCAGCUUGUGUCUGUAAGCCGAGUUGCACCCCAUAAGCUUUUUCAUGCAACCAAGAAUCACAGAGGAAUUCAACUUGGCAACUUUCGUUUCCGACCCACUCCUCAGAAAUUGGGUCAGCUCCGAGGAAACCACUUUCGGAUUGUUUUAAGAGAAGUGAAGGGAGAAGAUGAAGUAAUAACAUCAGGAAUUGAAUCCUUGAAGACAACAGGCUUCAUUAAUUAUUAUGGAACACAACGGUUUGGAACUACCAACAUUCCAACACAUGUUAUUGGUCGAGAGCUGCUGAAAAGUAACUGGCAACAGGCUGUGAACCUCAUUCUUGCUCCUCGUGAGAAUGAUAUUCCGGAACUUAACCGCUGUCGUUCCACUUGGAAAGAAACAGGAGAUGCAGAAGCAGCUCUCAAAUCACUACCCAAAGGUUGGGAAUCAUCUAUUGAGGCUCAGCUCUUAACUGGCCUUGUUCAACUGCAGAGGAAUGAUCUUGUAGGAGCACUAGAUCGAAUUCCACGCAACACACGAUUACUAUACCUACACGCAUAUCAAAGCUACUUGUGGAACAUUGUAGCAUCUCGACGUAUUGAGAAAUAUGGCCUUAAAGUGUUACCAGGAGAUAUAAUUCGCCGGAAGGAGGAAAAAGCUGAAGUGUCAUCAUCAAGGCUGAUGUCUUCAGAGUUGCCAGAUUCAACACCCAGUGACCAAAGCUCUGACUGUGAGAAAGUGGGAACACACUGGUGGAAUGCUGAAGUAACAAAAGCUGUGCAGGAAAAGAAAGAUGCAUAUUAUUUGAAAAUGAAGACAGAAGGGGUGAGUGAAGAGGAACGGAAAGAACGACAGAAAAAGUACCAGGAGGCAAAGCAGAAAGCUAAAAAAGUGGUAAGAGAAAGUAAGAGAAAAGCUGAAGAAGAGUUAGGAAAGUAUUGGGCCAAGCUCAAAACUCUGCCACCAGAAGUACUUGAGGAUGAGAGUAAUGACAGUCACACUUCAGAUGGAGAGAAUGGCGAUAAAGAGACGAAGCCUGAGAUAGAAGGGGAAGAGGCAAAUGGACACAAAACUCCUGAUUUACACUUUUUGACUGAAGAGGAAGCUGAGACAGCAGAUAUUUUAGAUGUAAGUGUUUUGUUGCCUCUUCCUGGUUACAGUGUUGAGUAUCCUAACAAUGAAAUUAAAGACUGGUAUGCUGAACUCUUAGAAGCUGAUGGAUUAUCUUUUGAAUCACUAAAACACCGUGUCAAAUCAUAUGCAGUCGGUGGAGCAUAUCGGCGAUUGAUUGUUCGUCCAGCAAAUGUCAAUGGUACAAUAUGUUACUACAAAGAUAAUAGUAAAGCUCUCAUCCUAUCAGACAUGGACAAGUUACGGGAUAUUGAUAUUACAGAUAAUAUAUUAGCAGAGGGUCCUAAUAAAGCUGUGAUUGUAGAGAUGACACUUCCAGCAUCGUCAUAUGCUACAGUGGCACUUAGAGAACUGCUCAAGAUGGAUACCUCAUCCCAGUUCCAGGCAACGCUCAAUCAACCAGGAAACUACAUCCAAAAAAGCAGAGAUUUUGGUAGUAGACGAGGGCCAUCCCGAAGAAGAGGGGGACCACGGCGGGGGUCUGAUAGAAGAGGGAGCUGGGAAGACAGAGGCUCGUGGAAACCUUCAGGAUUCCGAGGAUCGUGGAGAGGACAUGAUAAUGCUGGAUCUUAUUGGCGACAGAAUAGAGGUGGAGGGAGAGAAUCCUUUAACACUGGCGGUGAUCAUGGAGGUUACAGAGGGGGACGGGAUUAUGCAUGGAGUAGUGGCCGAGGAAGAGGAGGCAGGGGUGGCUAUGGAGGGGGAAAUGGAUGGGGUGGACGUGGUGAAAAGAGGUCAAGAGGGGGAGGAGACAACUGGAAUGCUAAGAGGGGAAGGUUUUAUUAGGAAAAUUUAAUGCCUGCAAUUUUUUGGUAAGGGGUGAAACUUAACAUGCAAAAUCUGAAGUUUGGUAUCAAUAUGUUGUUGUACAUGUUUAAACAAUGUACAGCACAUCUGUGUUGCUCUUUGAGACAUUUGUAAGGAUUAGCUAUUCUUAAAUUCCAUAUCAUUAACGAUAUAGAUUUAUUUAUAUUUUUAUUUGCAAGUGCAAUUCUUAUGUGAACAAGUGUUUUAUUAUUAUUUUUAUCAUUAUUAUUAUUAAUAUUAUUAUUAUUGAGUGUGUGAUCUGGAUACUUUCUGAUUUGACUUAGGAGGAGCAAGAUGAAAUGUUGACACAUUAGGACAAGGCUGCCAGUAUGAAUGUUGCGUGUUUGCAGUAAUUGUUUUUAUAUCAAUAAAACACUUAUUUCCUUUCCCUAUACCCAUUAUCUUAUAUAGUAAAGGUUGAUAAGUAGUAUUAGGUAGCAAAAUUUUAAGUUUUUUUUUUUUUUUAACCUGUUAUAUUUUUGCCAGUACAGUACAUACACAGACACAUGUACAUACAUGUAUAGUAUUCCAUAUAGUAACUUUGGUCUGUUUUUUAUACUGAACGAAGCAAGCAAGUUAAAUCUUUACCAUACACAUGCUGCCAGUUCUCAUUGAUCAUCAGGUGGAGGAGAGCAGCAUUGUAUUCAAUUCAUUGCCUGCCUCCCUUGUCCCUCACACUAUUGUAUUGUUGGGAUGUGUUGAUUUAGUAAUCAUGUAAAUAAUAAUUACCAAUUACGUUUACAGUAAUAUUGGAGAAUGGUGAAUGGAGUUUUAAUGAAAUACAGAAUAACAAUAUACAUACAAAAUUAUGUAGAAUGAUUGAAAGUUGGUAUUAAAUUUAGUAGCUAAAAAAAAAUUCCCCAGAAUGGAAACAAUGCAGGUAAGUAAAUUCAAUUUGUUCAAUAUAUUCAACCAUAUGCAUGAUUUCAUAAGUUAAAAAAUACAAUACAAAUACAUUUAUAUGUCCAUGCAUGUAUGGAUACACGUGUGUGUGUAAUCGUAACUCAAUAUACAAUUAUAAGAUUAUUGCAGUGGUAUAUAAGUGUGUUAUAUUUUACAUUAAUGGCCCUAUAGGAACUACAGAAUAAUAUUUACAUAUAUUUUAUUCUUAAUGCAGUAGGGAAGUUUAAUAUGCAAAUAUUUGUUAUUUAGAAAGCCAUUUUGCACAGAGAUGACAAGUUCCUGAAUGUUUCAUUCAAAAGGAAGAAUAAACCAUGUGUGUGUUACUGUCAUAUACUUCAGGUUAAUUUAAUAAAUGAUCCAUUGU